CUUACGAAGUGGCGGAGUUAUUGAAGCUGGGUUUAAUCCAACACCGGGCUUAGAAGCUGUAGAAAAUCCCACAAUGUUUGGGUUAGUUCCGUGUGAAGGUCCAGGAUUUGAGUUCAUUGCAGUGGUGAGAUUACUGGAAGUUGACGGUCCAUUGUUCUCUUGUAUAGGCGCGAUGACAGAAAUUUGUUCAGAAGCUGUGUUGAUCACGGGAUGGUCUAGUGCCUGUCUUCUUUGUGCCAUCUCAGUAACAUACUAAAAUGAAAACUAAGGUAAUAUUUCGAUUUUCUUUAGAUCAGUGAUCACAACAUUCAUCACCAUAUAUAAUGCACCGCUCUCCACAUUCGCCAAAAAAUUCUCCACAUUCGCCACAAUAUUCACCAGAUUCAUCACAACUUCAGAAAGAAUACUCACUUUCUCUAAAAUUUCACGAGUUUCGUCGGUCAGUGGAGCAUGCGAGUAUUUACAAGUGUUGCCACUUGAACAAUGAUUUCGUGUAUGAAAAAACGUACAGGGAAAUUCCUCUGAAACAAAAAGAAAAUAGAUGAAUUAACAGCCUGGCUCAAAGUCUGACUCACUGGCUUACAGUAUCUGUGGCUGGUUAACGGGGGCCACAUCUAGCAAAAAAACUUACCAUGCAUCCUGGGGCACAUUCCAUCGGGAUGCUUAUCACAGACACGAGUGACAUAAAAACGACACAACUCUUUUAUCUUCUCAUGUUUGAACUGACAUGUUGCACCCUGAAACAAAGAUAUGAACGUUUAUUUACUGUAUAGCUCUAUCAGUUAUGAAUUGUUAUCAUUAAGAGCCUGCCAGAAGAAAUAGAGCAGCGUUUGGCAGAGGCAGAUUUGAAGCACUCUUCUUUUAUUUACUUAUUAACUUUGCAACCAUACAUAAAAUAGAUUAAACCACUACAUAAUAUGGUUGAAGGUAUGGUCAACAGGACAUGAAUAGCCCCAUGUGAAGACCAACCUUAAAAUGACCAACCUUAAACCUUCUCACAUGCAACUGAGGUCAAAAUUACAGUACAGGGACUACACAACAGUACACCGAACUCUGCAGGGGUGGAAAAAACCUGUAAACAGUACGACAUACUUUAGAACAUUUUCCACCGCGAUAAUACAGGCAUGGAAGAAGCCGCUCUCUUGGUACUUGCCGUCGUGGUUGUUGGCCUUUUUCUCGCAUUUCUUUCUCCUUCUGUAUUUGUCGUAGAAACCAUGCCGAUGGUUUUUUUUUCUUUUUCUUCUUCCCCCCGCGCUUAUUAUCUGGAGAUAUUAAGAUAUUUCUUGAGUUGAUUUUGCAGCUAGGGGAGGUAAAGAAAGCCGAGGGCGCCUGGAAGGGAAUAUUUUACACCAAAAGUAGUAGAGGAAACUUAGAUUAAACGACACACUUACUUUUCCGUUGAUCGGAUAGUUCCUGUUGAAAAAAUUAAAAAAUGUCAUUUAAUAAUUGGGAAUAUAAAAUAAUGAAAUGUGUAAGGUCGAAAUUUAGAUCGGAUUACAGUCCGAUCAGGAAAAUGACAAUCCUAAAGAAGAAAGUGGGUUAGAAAAUUUUCUGCACGUAGAUUUUUAUAGCAAAGAGGAUUUACUUCAAAUUUAUAAGAAAUUCGUAUUAGUAGCUAAAAUUAAAAUACUGCAAUUGCAUUCCCAGCUACACACGUAAAAACGCACAAGUUGUUACAGGUCUGCAAACAAGUUGUUACAAAUCUGUUCACAAGCUGUCAACAAGUUGUGUUCGCACUGCUUGUUCCCAGUUGUUGCAACAAGUUUUGAUCAAGCUGUUAACAACUUGUAACAAGCUUGAUGGCAUUAUCAGACUUGUUACAAGGUUGUUCUAACAAGUCUGAUACAGUCAUGAUAUAACAAGAAUGUUACAAGGUUGACGACACAAGGUUGUAACAAUACUGCUAUAUCAUGACUGUAUCGGACUUGUUGGAACAACCUUGUAACAAGCCUGAUAAUAUCAACAAGGUUGUUACAAAUUGUUAACGGCUUGUUCCAAACUGGUUGACAACUUGUGACAAGCAGUGCGAACACAACUUGUUGACGGCUUGUUGACAAACAUGUUACAAGAUGUGAGAUUUUUGCGUGUGUACUUUAUGGCGAUACAUAAGAAUGCACGUCAUCAAAUUUAUUUGAGCCAAGGUUUACUUCGUCUUGAUGUACUUGUCUUACAUUCAGACGGAUGAUCAAGACAGAAGAUGGGUAACGCAAGGCAGAAGUGUUACAACCUGUUACAACAAAUAUUACAACCUGUUGUGCAACAGUAACAUCAAAAGUGUCGUUGGACAGCAUAGACAACAGACUAGGAGCACCAACAUUUUCUUUAACAAUAACAACACUUUUCUCUUGUCUUUCUAGAGAAGAUCUUUCUUCACCGCGGGGAGAAUGUCUUCUCUUUUCGUUGCCAUGACUUGCUCCUUUCGAUAAUUCAUAAGAGGGUUGUCUUCCUUGCGAUCUGUUACCGGGAGGAGAUCGUUUUCUCUGAUUGUUGUUAUUUGUUUCUUUUUGUCUUUCGCGAGAAGAUGCGUGUUGUCCCCUUGGUUCGUGUUGUCUUUGAGGAGGGGGUGACCUUCUCCGUGAUCUUUCACUGCUAGGGUGAGGUCUCUGCUCAUUUUUACUACUUGUUUCUUGUGCUCUUGGGAAAGAAGCUCUUCUGUUCUGAUCUGUAUUACUUGCUUUUUCUUGCCAGUCGCGAGAUGAUCUUCUCUGGUCAUUCCUGUGCCUUGUUCCUUGUUGUUUUCCCGGAGAAUUUCUCUUCCAACUGUUGUGACCCGAUCCUUGUGGUCGUUCGAGUGAUGUUCUGUUUUCAUCCGUAUAACCAGACUCCACAUCACUGUGAGACAUAGAUCUUGUUACUCGUCCUGUGUACGAUUGCUGUCUGUUGGUUGACGGAAUGCCCUACAAUAAAAAAAUAGCUGGGUAGGUUUGGUUUGAAGUUGAGUAUACAAAAGUUUAUAAAUCCUCCAAUACCUUAUGAUUUUGUUUUCGUUUCCCAGUUUUGUUUCUAGAUUCAUCAUCAAAUUCUUUCCUCUUUAGACUCUCACUAACUCUUGUAUCUUUCUUGUCACGUCCUGCUUGCUUUUCUUCAAAAACGUUCUUGCCUUUUACAUCAAUGUCCUUAUUUGGGAAAGUAUUUGUUGUGACUAGACUUGUUUGUCGUUGUGCUGCAGUUGGUAAAUUGUCUUUGCGACCACUUUGCUUUGUGUUCUUUGGACGAAUAUCGUUGUUGCCAGAUGGAGUGUUAUCAUUUUCAGGUGGUGUAGUAGAAUUCGUGGCCUCUGGGAUAGAUAAUAGAUACGUUCAGUUAUUUCUGAAGCAACUUAAUGUCAGAAUUGACAUCUCAAUCAUAGUAAGAUGGUGGUGGUGGUGAUGAUGAUUAUGAUGGUGGUGAUUGUGAUGAUGUUAAAGCCUAGUUCUCAUUCAUCGCAAACCGUCGGCGAUGGGAGCUUUGCGACGUCGGCGACCGCUUGCCAUUUAUGAGAACACAUCAAAAAUUAUAUCGCCGAUUGUCCGUAAUCGUCGCCGACCAUCGGCGAUGACAUCGCAGGAAACAAAAAAGUUUGUUUCUUGCGACCAUCGCCGACUGCCACCUGCUUGAAAAAUCUAUGAGAAAUGAGUAAAAGUUGUUUUUCCUCAACAAGCAAGGAAAUAAUCAACUGAAGUUUGACAGAAAUCAUGAACUUUACGUUGAAUGGGGCCAUUUUGUGCCUUGGUGGGAAAUUUCGAAACACAUCGGCUGUCAUCUGCGACGAUCACCGAUGUAUGAGAACUUUCGUGCAUUCGCGCUCGGCGAGUAUCGGCGAUAAGCGUCGCCGAUCGUCGGUGACAGUUUGCGAUGAAUGAGAACUAGGCUUAAUGAUGGUGGUAAUGAUGAUAAUAAUGGUGAUGAUGGUAGUGGUUCAUAGGUUGUAUUAUAGGUUGGUUAUGAUUGUGAAGAUGGUGAUAAUGAUGAUGGUCAAGAUGAUGACACCAUACCUUCUUGCAUAUUCUUUUCGACACAAUUACUUAGUUUUUCACUCAAAUUUCGUAUCCAAUCAAAAGACGAAACUUUCUGCUCCUCGCUGCUUGACUCACUAGUCAGACUUGAAUAUCGUUCUCUCUCCUUUGCCCUGCGUGUCGCUCUCGUACUCAAUUCAGUGUCACUGUCCAUAUCAAUAAACAAAUCACCCGAAGGAGACCCAGGGCUUUGGGGUACAGGGUUUUGUUUUACGUCAGUUUUAAACUGGUCUUUGACUUGAGAGUUUUCCAGUAUGUCAUUGUGUUGUCUGGGAGAACUUUGAGACGGUCUUUGUCCACCAGCGCCACUGUCAAUAGCGACAACCAGAUCACUGGAAGCUGGGCUGACAGUUGUAGGUUCUUGUUUACUGUCAUUGUCUUGUUUAGCAGCCUCGGAGGAAUCAGUGUUUAUUGACACAAAGUCUGGCUUAAUGACCGUUACAAACGUGUUUGCAUUGCCUUGCUUACUACUAUCAGGAUUUAGCGUAACAAUGUCUGGUUUAAUGUCAGUUUUGCUAUCAUUUACGUUGCUUUGUUUAUCAGUUGCAGACAAAUUCAUACAACCUUUUUCAUUUAUAUCCUUGCUCAGCGUUUCAUUUUCACUGUCAAUAUUGAUAACCAAAUCAUGAGAACUCAUACGGACUGUUGCAGGCUCUGGUUUAAUGUCCAUUUUUGUUUGGGCUGUGUUGCCUUGUUUAACAAUACCACUAAAAGCAGGGCUAGUUACUGCAGGGUCUGCUUUAAAGUUUAUUUUUCCUUGGGUUAUGUUGCUUCCUUCUUCAAGAUAUGGCUAGAACCAUGGCUAAAUACGGCAGGAUCUGGUUUAAUGUUUACUUUAGUUUGGGUUGUGUUUCCUUGUUUAAAAACAUCGCUAGAACUAUGGCUAGUCACUGCAGGGUCUGACUUGAUGUCAACUUUCAACUGGGUAGCGUUGCCUUGCUUUCUGGUAUCAGGGGAGGUCGUUACAUCAUUGUCUAGUCUGGGCAGGCUGGAUGGUUUGCGAGUAGAUGAUUUGCGAUCGCUUUCUCCAUCAGUAUUUAGUGUAUGUGUGUGCCUAUUUAUCUCAUUGUCUAGUUUAUCAACUAAAUGCCGUUUAGAUACUUUCCCGUUGCUCUGUCCAUUAUUGUCUGCAGGUUUAGAAUUCACGUUUGAUGUAUUGCUGCUGCUUUUUUCAGGCGUUGCUUUUGUUACACUGUCCACAGAAAUCAAUUCAGAGGCUUUUACAUUGUUUUGAUUAUCUGUGUCAGAUAUACAACUUAACAUGCUUAAUACUGUACCGUGGCUGUGUUCAGGACUUGAUAAGGUUAUAUAAACUGGCUGACAAUUCGAUACAAAUUGAUUCAUAUUUAAUGAAUUGGCUUGGUCGUUGUCAGGAUUUGCUAUUGUUGCAGUGUCUAGUUUUGAAUUUAACUCAGUUUGGUUUAUAAGAAUGCCUUGUUCCUCAUUGUCAGUAUCAGAAAUCACAAUUGGCUGAAUUUUUCUUUGCUCACUAGCAUCAGGAUCCAACUUUGGUUUCUUCAGUUGAGCAUCUAAUACACAGCUUUCUGUAUCUGUAGAAGGGUUUUGUGGAGCUGUGCCUGUUCCUACAUUAAUUGGCAAUGACCUAACACCACUCUGCCCAUCCAACUCAGACGUACUUCCCAUUGGCUGCUCCUCGUCAUUGGAAGACUCAACAACAUUACUUCUUUCAACAAAAGAGCCACUACCGUCCAAAACUAUGUUAUCAGUCUGUGCUAGAGACGGCUUUUUAAUUGUUGUGGUAUGUUUGAUUUCAGCUUUCUGUUGCUCCUGGCCGGGCAUCGAUAUUGUUAAACUCAGAUUUAUGUUGAUGUUUUUUCCAUCCGAUGAAUCUGAAACUGUAACUGCAUGCUCGUUCCUGACGCUUCUUCGAAAUGCAUUUGUGGUUUCACCUGUCUUAUGGAUAUUUUUGCUGUCAGGAGAGUCGCUUACUGUAAUAUUUUCGUUAUCAAUGCUAGGCAUAUUCCGCAGUUCAUUUGUAGUCACAGUUUCUCCCGUCUUGUGGCCGGCUACUUGCUUCCCUUUCCCUUUAUCAGCGAUAGUUUUAGAAAUCACAACCUUCUUUCGAGCUACGACACUUGUUUCUUUAUUCCCCUGACUUCUAGCUAGAAUAUCGUCAAGUAUGUUCCCACUCCCAAACCCCACACCCUUGUCAUGGUUUGUAACUGGUCCACUCUCCCCCCUGGGAGGCUGUUCUAUCCCUCUUCCUCCAGGGGGGUGUCGUGCACUCACUGGCAUGGAUACCAGCACCCCACCUUUCAUGACUUUUCGAACUUUUGGUUUUGUUUGUACGAGUGUGAUGUUUUGUUCCGGCGAUGGGGUUUGUUGUUGUUGUUGUAGCUGUUGUUGUUGUUGCUGGAGUGUGUUCAAUGUUAGAAUGGGUUGUUGUUGUUGUUGUUGUUGUUGUUGUUGGUUUAAUGUUAGACUCUGUUGUUGUUGUUGUUGAUUUUGUUGUGCUUUUUGAUCUUGAUUCCUUUCCAACUGCUGUUGUUGCAUAAACAAACGGAAUUUAUCAAAAAUCUCCUUGUUCUGUUGCUGUUGUUGGAACUCCACUCGCUGUUUCUUGGCACUCAACGUUGAAAUGGCGUUCAUAAAACUUUGUAUGCUAGCACGAUCGCUCCAACGGGACAGAACUGACUCGUUUCUUGCUUCAGAUUCACUGUUUUUCUCUGAGUUAAGUUUCGUGCCUUUAGUGCUUUUCCCAGAGAAUGGGGAAGCCCCAUUUUUGCAAAAUUGAAUGUUGUCAUUCGUCCCUUUAGAACUAUCGCCAAUCAAAGCCGGUGGACAGUUAAUCGCCUCUUCUAGGCUAAAGAAUGGCAUCUUUUCUACGUUAUAUCACGAUUUUCCAUUAAAAUAUUUAAUAUUUACUUCGAUUUUUGACCAAAAUAAAACGUUUACCGAAUGUAUAAAAUUCUUUAUCAAAAAGAUUCCAAAAUACUCAAACAAUAUGAAGUACACAAGGAUGUGUUGCUCUGACCGCACAGAGUGAGAGGCUCAUAUCUGAAUUGGCAAAGUUAAUUUUUUUGUUUUAUUUUAUUUAUGUUAUUUAUUUUAGUUUAUUUAUAAUGUACAAAGGUUGUCUAGACGGUCUUAAAUCGAAAAAUUGCCGAAAAAUUGCAAAAUUAAUACAUAAAUUGGAUUGUAUUUUGUAUCCGCAUUAUAUAUUUUAAUACAUAAAGUAUUGUAUAGAAAUUUCUCCGCUGUGUGUUGUUACAGGCAGGCUCACCACGUGGAAAAUAAAAUAAAUAAAAGAAAAUUAAAAUAUUAUUUAUAUUGUCUAAAAAAGCGCAAAUUUCUUGUAUUAUUUUACAAAUAUAUCUAUUUAAAAUGAGUGGCGGUGUUUAUGGAGGAGGUAUGUUGUCAACUAGUUUGAAAUUUAAGCAAUCGUAUUGUUUUUAGGCUGUUCAAACGGCCCGAAUUUUGACUGAAAUAUCAACUGAUGAAGCUUGUAGUUUUAUGUAUGUUUAUAUAUUCAUAUUGAUGUAGUUUUUUUUUUAAAUAGAUGAAGUUGGGGCUUUGGUUUUCGAUGUGGGUUCGACUUCAUUUCGUGCUGGUUUUGCCGGCGAGGAUGCGCCAAAGGUGAGAAUUUGAAUAUAGCAUCCACCAGGGGGGGAUUUAUAGGGGGGAUUUAUAGGGGGGGGGGGUGCCUGUUGGCCUUGGUCAAUAGGAGCGCAAAAAAAUCAAAUUCAGAAAUAUGGCAUGAUUUUUAAGGUUUUUCCUUUUUUGAAGUCAAACUGAAGCUCAUAACUUAAUGCCCAUAUCGCAGGAAAUGGCAUUUCUAGGGUUUUAAUUUUCAAAAUUUUCCAUGGGGUGUACCCCUCGAAUCCUUGAGCCGUUAGGAAGCCAAUUCAUUUGAAUACUCUCCCACCACCCCCUAAAGAAUUAUGAAGAAACACUCGGCUGCUCACCCAGCACCACCCUAGAAAAACCUUGUUGGAUCCACCCCUGGCAUCCAGACUGAAAAUUAAGUUUUAUUUUGCAUAGGAAAUAGUUUUGUUGCAGAAAUGUGAGAUAUUUUCACCUAAUCUUUAGGCAGAUGUCCCAACAUUCAUGGGUGUAACUGAUGACUCCAGUAAAGCAGAGAUCCCCAUGGAUACAGAUCAGACAACAUGUACAGUAUUUGCUACAGAUGUACAGACCAUUAUAGUCAUUGAGAUAGAGUUUGAAAUCAUUAUAUUUAUGUUUUAUACAGCUGAGAAGCAUGUACAGUAUUUGAUACAGAUGUACAGACCAUUAUAGUCAUUGAGAUAGAGUUUGGAAUCAUUAUAUUUAUGUUUUAUACAGCUGAGAAGCCGGCCCCGUCUGUGCCGAAGAAAUAUUUCAUUGGAACCAACUCACUUCAUGUACCUCGAGAAAAUAUGGACAUUGUUAGUCCCCUUAAGGAUGUCAUGAGUAAGUUAUUAACUCGUUAAGUCAUAUUGCACCAUAAUGCACCAUAUUAUUUUACUCUUUCUAAUGCCAGACGAUUUUACUCGUCAAGCACUGGCACUCAAUGGGUCCAGAGAAAACUACAGUAGGAACCAUUAUAGCAACAUUGUUUCCUAGCCAUGUUUUCCAUGGGCAGAGAUGUGAACCCUAAGUAACAAAAAUGCGGGUGAUAUAUAAUUUUUGACAUGACGUCAUUUUUUGUUGUUGAGAAAAUUGAUUGGUGAUUUAUAAAAGCCUUGCUAAGCCCCAUAUUUCUAACUUCCAUAGAUAUUUAUAUUCUUGUUUAUGACAAAACAGAUGUAUACAAACGUCUUAAGAGUUAAGUCUAGUUGAAGUAGAAGUAGAUGUGCGCAUGCAUACACUCUACCAACCAAAAACAGAACAACGAAUCAAGAAUCAGAAGACAGAAUCACAGAAUGCGGGUGAAUUGCUAUAAAAUUUGCUAAUGCGGGUGAUUUUAUGUGCCAAAUUUUCCGUGUGUGAUGAUUCCAAAAUGCGGGUGUCACCCACUUAAUGCGGGUGAGUUCACAUAUCUGCAUGGGUAACAGGGUAAGCAAAGGGCAAACCAACGAACAUUGUUUAUAUGCAAAAAUCUGCCUGCGUGUGAUGCUUGGGAAGAUAAAUUGAUGGAAAAACAUAAGAUGAUAAAUGUUGAUGGUGUCCAAUUAUUGAAUAUUUUCAGUUGAAGACUGGGAUAUGUUUGAGAACCUUGUUGAACAUGUUUAUAAACAACACAUCAGAUCUGAUCCUUCGUUACAUCCUGUUCUCAUGUCAGAGGCUUCGGUAGGUAUCAUUACUUCAUAGACAUUAAGAUAGCUUCAUCAGUUCUAAAUGGUUCUCUCUAAUCCAUGAAAGUCCAGCAUUGAAGUACAGAGUAUUGAUCCAGUGUUACUACAGGAGGAAACCUAAACUAAACUAUAACUUUAUUUAUACUGGAUACUUUAGCUCUAUCAGUUCUAAACUGUUCUCCCUAGAGGUCCAGUAAGGAUCAUCUCUUAUUGAUCCAGUGUUACUACAGGAGGAAACCUAAACUAAAGUAACUUUAUUUAUACUGGAUACUGUAGCUCUAUCAGUUCUAAACUGUUCUCCCUAGAGGUCCUGUAAGGAUCAUCUCUUAUUGAUGCGGUGUUACUACAGGAGGAAACCUAAACUAAACUAACUUUAUUUAUACUGGAUACUUUAGCUCUAUCAGUUCUAAACUGUUCUCCCUAGAGGUCCAGUAAGGAUCAUCUCUUAUUGAUCCAGUGUUACUACAGGAGGAAACCUAAACUAAACUAACUUUAUUUAUACUGGAUAGCUCUAUCAGUUCUAAACUGUUCUUCCUAGAGGUCCAGUAAGGGUUAUCUCUUAUUGAUGAUUGAUGCAGUGUUACUACAGGAGGAAACCUAGACUAUACUUACUUUAUAUUUAUUUAUAUGGGAUAGCUCUAUAACGUACAAUCAAUGAAAUUGUAACAAACCCUUAUUUUACUUCAGUGGAAUGUGCGGCCAAAACGAGAAAAACUGACAGAACUUAUGUUUGAAAAAUAUGACAUCCCAGCAUUCUUCCUGUGCAAAGAUGCGGUGUUAACAAGCUUUGCCCAUGGUCGAUACACAGGCUUGGUGAUUCAUUCAGGCAGUAACCUGACAAGCGCAGUUCCCGUUCACGAUGGUUAUGUGUUACAAAACGCGAUUGUCAAGUCUCCGCUGGCUGGAGAUUUUAUUUCAGCUCAAUGUCGGAAUUUUCUGGAGGAAAAGAACUGUGAAGUGGUUCCGCCUUAUUUGAUUGCAUCCAAGGUGUGUGUUGUCAGCUAGUUGAACAUAGGGAAUGGUGGAUUUUCAGUGUUACAGUAUGCACCCCUUUUUAACCCAUUAAGCUGCAGAGCUUCCCAAUUGACAAGUAAAAUUGCCUGGCGUUAGACAAGUAAAAAAUACUGUAAGUAGGGCGCAUUGCAGCUGAAUGGGUUAAUUAGAGACAUUGUCAGAUUUUUUGGUUAACCCGUUGAGCUGCAUACUGUAGCUUCCCCAUUUACGAGCAAAAUUGUCUGGUGUUAGACAAGUAAAAAAAAUAAGUAGGGUACAUUGUGGCUCAAUGGGUUAAAGAUACUUGAGAAGUUAAGAUUGAUAUUCACGGCAGACCACUAACGUAAACUUCAAAUCGUAUUUUGAGUUCAACUGUUAGGACUGUUAGCUGUUCAAAGUUAAGACAAAUUGAAGCAUGAAUUAGCUACAGUAUACUUAGAUGUCGAAAACAAGGAUUUUAUGUUUUUAUGAAAUCUGCAGGUUGUUGAAAUAAAUUUGAUGAUUUAUCUAGGAAGCUGUAAAGGAUGGUGAUCCUCCAAUAUUCACAAAGAAAAAUUUUAGCAACAUCACAAAAUCUUAUCACAACUAUAUGACUAAGGUAUUGCCACAUUUCUAAACGUCUUACAGAUGCAGUCUUUCUCAUUUCUUAGCCGCCUGCUAAAGUAACCAUGUAAAGAAACUUGUAACAGAAAAAUAUCUAUACUUUUAGCAAAUUGUUCAAGAUUUCCAAGCUAGUACGCUACAAGUUUCAGAUGGACCAUUUGACGACAGGUGGGUUUUUCCAUUUGUGAACCAUCUUUCCCAAUGGGUUAUUUCAGCUAUAGACUAAAUUUUGAUCAAGGCAAGAAGAAUGAAAUCGAACAUCACAGCUAGAAAGAGCGUCUUAGAAUGAGUAAAACUGCAAAGAUUGGUUGCUAAAUGUUGUAAGGGACUGGUCAUAAAGUAACUGCUAGGGUGGGCUGGAGGUAAAUCACAAAUUUUGCCAAUAAGUUCGGUGACCCAUCUUAGGUUGUAGAUAAAAAUUUCAAAGCCCAUCUAAUCUUACAAAAAAUUUUCAUGACCCACCCAAUCUAAAUUGGGGAAAUACACUUUUAUAAUAAUAAAAAAACUUGCAGGUAUGAACAUUGUAAAUAUACAUGGCACUGUAUUGACAUACAUAAUUCCACCAAGCUUGACCAACACGUUGACAAUGAGCUUCUCUCCAGUUGAUUGUAUUUGCUGUGAUUCGACCACUUCUUGUUGUUGUAUAAACAAAGUACUGGCUUCAAUAGCAUCAUUUGCAUUUGAUAAUUUGGAUAGUUUUGUUUACUUUUACUAUUAAUAUCUUUAUUUUUUGAAGUAGACAUGCAUGGGUUUUUGUUUGGUGGCCCAACCGUGGACAUACAAAAAAAUUGGCGGCCCAUCGGAACUGCCCAAAGAUUUUCCAUGGCCCAUCCCAAAUCACUCCAGCCCACCCUAGCAGUUACUUUAUGACCGGUCCCUAAAAUGAAGAAAAUAUAGCUCUGUGAAGUUCGCAAAUUUUGUAUAUAUUUGUAUUACGCUCGGUAAAAAUAACCACUUUCGGCUCAAAAAUGGUUAUUUUCCCCGCGCGUAAUACAAAUAUAUACAAAAUUUGCGAACUUCACAGGGCUAUAUUUCAGUUCCUCAUUUGCAACAAUUCACAACCAAACUUUGCAAUUUUACUCAUUUUAAGAUGCUCUUUCCAGCUAUGGUAAUGGAUUUAGUUCUUCUUGUCUAGAUCAAAACUUCGUCUAAUGCUGGAAAUGGAAUCAUCCAUUGUGUAAUUACCAACUGUUGACUAAAUUAACCAGUUUACCUGACUUCAUUUUGCAGUUUAUUUGGCAGUAUUCCCACAAUACACUACGAGUUUCCAAAUGGUUAUAACUACAGUUUUGGUGUAGAAAGGUUUCGCUUGUGUGAAGGAUUGUUUGACCCUAGUAAUGUCAAGGUACUGUUUAUAAUAGAUCACACAAAAAAAAGAUAAUAGUGAUUUUAAAACCGUAUAAAGAGUUUUGAGGCGUUACGGCUGAGAUUUUUGCACAUAUUUUGAGGUGUUUUAUACGCCGGUAAUACAAUCUAAAAACACCGUGGUCAACACCAAGAAUUUCUGGUUAAUAAAUUAAAUCCAUCUAUAACAUAAUCUGCCUAAUGGAUAAUUUAAGCUAUAGACGAAGUUUUGAUCUAGACAAGAAGAAUUAAAUCCAUUACCAUAGCUGGAAAGAGCAUCUUAUGCGUAAUUUAAUGUUGGUUGCGAAUUGUUGUAAAAUGACAAGAAUAUACUGUAAAUUUUGUAUAUAUUUGUAUUACACGCGUGAAAAAUAACUAUUUUUGACUAAGGAUGAGCCGAUUAAUCUGCCAAGCCGAUUAAUCUGCCGAUAAUCGGCCAAUUUUUAAUAAUCGGUAAUCGGCCGAUUAUUUCUGAAUAAUCGGCCAUUUGCCGAUUAUUGACCAGUUUCUAUUUUCUACUAGAAAUAAAUGAAAAUCUGUGUAUUCAUUGCGUUUCCCAUGACCGGAAAACAUUGUGUGCGCACGGAAGACCAUUACAUGAGACAAAAGAGAAUGUCAUGAAAACUUUUCAAUUUGUAUCCAGCUUUAGAAGGAAGGAAGAAGCGCUUUGCUACAUUAGCUUCUCAAGUUUCAUUUCAAUGCUUAAAAGCAUCUGAGGUUCAUCAGGACAACUAACGCCUACUGGUAAAUGUGUUAAUGGCAAUAAUCGGCUUUGGCCGAUUAAUCGGCCGAUUAUUUGGUAUUAUCGGCCACCGAUUAAUCGAAUCGGCUAAUCGGCAAUUUCAGUGAUCGGCUCAUCCCUAUUUUUGACCCGAAGUGGUUAUUUUUGCCGUGCUCGUUUCCUUUGUGUUUUGCUCAUGAACUGAAAAAUAACUAUUUACUGCUCGUGUUUAUAUUUCCAGGGUAUUGAAGGCGGUGCUGCCAUGGGAAUCACUCAAGUUGCCACGACAAGUAUUGGAAUGUGUGAUAUUGACAUGAGACUAGUACGUCAAUAAGAAAACCAGAUUUUUAUGUUUGCAAACUGUACUUGACAAAUGUAGCAGUUUUCGCUUAUUUUCUUUGAAAAACCUCUAUGAUGCUGACCCUGCCUUCUCUAUAACGUCCUCGUGGUGAACUCUGUAAAUUGGACACUUCUCUAAUAGGGACACUUUCCACUGUCCACACAUUAAAGAGAUUCUACCGCAGUGUCUCAUGCCUCAAGAAUUUCUCCUCUUUUAGAGUUUAUUCGGCAAUGUGAUUGUUUCUGGUGGCAAUACCUUACUCAAUGGUUUUGUGGACAGACUAAACAGAGAACUCGCGUCUAAAGUGCCACCGGUAAGUUACUAAGAAAUAUUUUCCAGCUUGUGGGCUUUGGAAAAAAAAUCUAUAUAGUAUGCUAUGUCCAUGCAUAGAUACUGUACAUAAACAUAUUAUUCAGUUCACUCCCCAUUGGAAAGCUGCCGAGAGAAUUCGCGGGGCCUGGGGCAAAUCCUCUCUGGGGGCCCCAUGACGUCAUCAGUUCUAAGCUAGACCCAAGUCAGUCACCCAACUAGACCUUAGCUAGACUGCAUGUGGAGCUACUGUAAGGGGACCUCAAUUUCAAAAAUGCUCUAACCAAUUUAAAGAACCUACUCAAUUUUAUGCUCUCGAUCUUAAGUUGGGGCCCUGUUAAGAUGGGGGCCUGAGGCAAUUUGCCCCCCCCCCCCUGGCCCUGGCUACAGGGAGAAAUACAAGGAGAAUUUCGACGUUUCGAGCGAAGGCUCUUCAUCCUGAAGUUAGGCUAACUACUAAUUUUCAUGUUCAAUUUUUCAGAGUGCAAGAUUAAAAAUCAUUUCAAAUAAUUCUACUUUGGAACGAAGAUUUAGUUCCUGGAUUGGCGGCUCAAUCUUAGCGUCCCUGGUAUGUUACGUUCUUGGUAAUCUAUGGAGCUCUGACUGGAUUUUACACACACACAACUCAACUAUUGUUUUAAGUCGCGUGUGGCCUGUGUAGCAGUCGCUUUAUGUUAUUGAGGGUUUUGAAGAUUUUUGAAUAAAUGGCGGAUUUUUUUUAAAAUUCCGAGAAUUUUGGAAAUUUUUUUUUUUAAUUCCUAAAAAUUCGAAUUUUUUUAAAAUUUCCAAGAAUCUUUGAAAUUUUCAAAAAUCCUCAAAAGCUUCAAUAAAAUAAAGCGAUUGCUACGCAGGCUAAGUCAAGUAUCGUUACUUAAACUUUGUUAAAAACCUCAUUAAUAAUUCAUGAAGAACAGACAAAGGAAAUCACUGUCGUGUUGGUGGUUUUAUAUGUGAUAAAAAAUCAUGUUCAUUUACAUAAACUUUAACUUUGAUUUUCUCGAAAUAGACAACGUUGAUUUUUAAAAUUACUUCGCCAAUGAACUCAUAAGAUGGGUCGUUUUUUUAAGCCAUUUAAAAUACUCGCAGUUCGUGCUUUAUUAGAUAUAAAACACUCGUGUUUUAUAUCUGAUAAAGUAUAUUCCUGCUCGUGUUUUAAAUAGUACUUAAAAAGCUUAUUAUAUUGUGUAUUUCAGGGAUCUUUUCAACAAAUGUGGAUCUCGAAGCAAGAAUACGAAGAACAAGGCAAAAGUUGUGUGGAAAGAAAAUGUCCUUGAGUUUUGUAGAAACCUUUUUUGAUCUAUCGAUAAGUCUCUGCAAGUUUCCAUGAAAUGUCGGGAUUUUUUUAUCUUUUAUACUUUCUUGAAACUCUCUUGGAACUGAACUUCUUGCGCUGGACAACACGCACCAGCGUCAUAUAAACAUGCACUUCAUAAACACGCGAAAACAUCAUGUAAAUCUCUUAGCAAAUAACGGUUGCAACAAUCGAUAUAAUACUAUGUAUAUACUACGCAUGCCCAUAAAAACUCUGGCGAAAAUUGUUGUCGUUGCAUUUGCUGAUAUUAACAUGCCGUAGUGGCGAUUAUAGACUUGUAUAUAAAGUUUUAGUUUAACCCUAUAAUUCUGAGGUGCGCAUAUUUGAUUGAGAAAUAUUAAAAUAGCUUUAGAUGCAAUCGAUAUCUACGUUCACCAUAGAAAGAGCCUCAAUACAGCUACAGGAUUUCAAGUAUUUCAAAGGAAUAGCAGUUCUCUGAGCACCCAAUCAGAUCUCUCCCUUUAGUCGUCUAACCUAGAGGCUAAUUUUCAACGAGUGACCGAGUAAAAAUGGCUCUGGGGACGAGAAUGCCUCGUAGCUUGAACUGCCAACGACACUCUGGCAGCUUGCACCCAUCACACCAUUAGUAAACAAGAUAAUUCGCAUACCUAUUUGAUAUGGGGUGGAAACACAGGCGUGUAAAGAAUGUGUGUCAACCGUCAUGUUUUGCGCUCUCAAACUUACUUCGUGGCUAUUUUAAUGGCCAACUAAUAGUCCUAAUAGAGGUUAUAUUACAACC